AUGGGAAAUCCGGGAAGGAAGCACUGGGAGGCAGUGAAGUGGAUCCUAAGGUACAUCCGUGGUACUACAGAAUUUGGUUUAUGGUUUAAGAGAGAUAAAGGAUUCAGAGUAGAGGGAUACAGCGAUGCCGACUAUGCUACUGAUCUUGACAGAAGGAGGUCAAUCACCGGUUAUUUGUUUCAAGUUGGAAGUAACACGGUGAGUUGGAGAUCAGGGCUUCAACCUAUAGUGGCGCUAUCAACUACUGAGUCUGAAUACAUGGCGUUAAACGAAGCAGCUAAGGAAGCGCUGUGGCUUAAAGGUUUCUGUGAAGAUCUAAACUACAGUCAAAGCAGUUCAGUCUCAGUGAUCAAGGUUCAUACUACCGAUAACCUAGCAGACAUUCUAACGAAGUCAGUACCUGGAAGAACGCUGGAGAAAGCUCUGGUGUUUAUCAAGGUGUCGACUUGA